CCUUCUUCUUCUCUUCUUGUUCAUUCUCGACAUCUCCGUUUGACUGACGAUCACUACGAACUCUUAUAUCUGCGUCGCAUAAAUCAUCUGACAUCCAUCUACGUACUGCAACACUCACAAGAAGAACCAAUCUCGCACGUACAAGAACCCACGAUCGAGUCGAUCAUCAAACAUGUCUAUUGUCAAUAUCAGAAACAUCCAGCUGCUCAACAACCCGGCGAGGUUUGAUGACGAGUAUCAGUUUAGGAUCACCUUUGAGUGUGUCGAAGGGCUGGAAGAAGACAUCGAAUGGAAACUGCUCUACGUAGGAGACGCCAAGUCGGAAGAGUACGAUCAGGAAUUGGACAGCUGCAUGGUCGGUCCUGUACCUAUCGGCGUCAACUCGUUCGACUUUACCUGCGCACCACCUCAACCUUCUCUCCUCCCAUCGACCUCGUCUGAAGAGAUCCUCGGCGUGACCGUCCUCAUCCUUACGGCGUCUUACCGGGACAAGGAAUUCGUCCGGGUCGGGUACUACGUCAACACGGAAUACGAGGACGAGGCCCGUCGAGCAGAACCGCCUGCUGUGGUUGAUUUCACCGGACUGAUCAGGAACGUCUUGGUAGAAAAGCCUAGGGUGACGAGGUUCAACAACCCUUGGGAUAGCGAGCUCAAGUCCAACCCUUGGGGAUCGAAUGCCGGGGACGCGUCGGGUCAGGCUCAGGGUGGGAAUGUUGGCUCGGAGAUGGCUGGAGGAUCAGGGUCGAUGCAGGAUCUCGACGUGGGUGGGAAAGACCUCUUGCUGGACAGUCCUCUUCCUCCUCCUGUUGUCGCCGCUGUUGCUGGAGCUACGAGUGCAGCCGCGGAUGUCGACAUGGCCUAAUUCAUGCGCUCGACCGCAAGCCCACGCCCUCACCAAAUCGUACGAUUCUUACCGAAAGGAACCCAACAAAAUCCUUCUACAUCGCCUUACCGAUCACUUCCUCCUCACAAACAUCGCCCAUCAUCCAUCCAUGCCUACAUUUUUACGACAAGAACCGAACGGACGGAGCCUCUUUCAUCAUCCUUCCACCUCCCUUGGACGAACGCUUCUCCUCUAGAGAUUGAAACCUUGGCCAGUUUUCCGAAUGUAACAGUACAGAAAGACCCGGGUAGACGUAGAGACGGACGAACGGGCGAACCCGUCUUGUCGGCCCGUCGGCGUCGAUAUUACGAUAUUAUACGCAUCGAUUCUCGGCACUCU